AUGAUUUACAACGCUGAUAAGUCCGGAUUGUUUUAUAAAAUAACACCAAGUCAUACAUUGGUAGGUCCUAGCGAGCGAAGUGCAGCAGGACGUAAGGUGUCCAAAGAUCGUGUGACGUUUAUGCCAUGUUGCAAUGUGUCGGGAACUCAUAAAUUGGCCAUGGUUGUUAUAGGAAAAUCUAAAAAUCCAAGUGCCCUCAAAAACGUUAAUAUACCAGUUAUCUACAUGUCAUCCAAAAAUGCAUGGAUGACCAGAGAAUUGUUUCGAAAUUGGUUUUUUGAAAACUUUGUAUCAGAAGUUCGAGAGUUUGCUUCGCAAAAUAACAUCGCACCAAAGGCGAUUUUACUGCUGGCUAACUGUUCGGCACAUCACACUAAUGACGAAUUAUCCAGUGAAGAUGGGCAAAUACAAGUCUUCUUUCUUCCGCCGAAUGUUACAGCCGCUAUACAACCAAUGGACCAGAACGUUAUUCAAAAUAAGUUGAAGUAUCAACAAAAAUUAAUGCUGGAGCUAAUGGCUAAUGACGAUGAUACGAAAAUACAAGAACGACUCUCAAAAAUUAACAUGAAAGAUAUAUGCUUUUGGAUUCAUGAAGCUUGGCAAAAUGUCGAACCAAAGGUCAUACGUCAGUCAUGGAGAAACAUUGGAUAUAUCAAUGAAAACAAGCUAAUUGACAUCGAUGACAUACCACUGGCAAAACUACUGAACGCAGUACCGAAUGAACCCAUUAUACCGCAUAACAUAGAAGAGCGCUAUAGUUGCAAGGUUUUGACAGAAGAAAUUUUGAAGCUUGUCACAGAAGCAACAGCUAGUGACGACAUGGAACCUGACGAAUCAGCUGAAGAACAACAAUCUGUUGAAUCUGAACGAGCAGAUAUACUACUCAAAAAUCCUGGCAGCUUUACGGUAAUAGAACAUUUCGAUAAAGUGAUCGAAUGGGCCGAAGAGGGUUCUCAACCCAUAGGUGAUAUUUUGUUUCAGCGUCGUCUCAGGAAAAGAGCUCUUAUGGAGAUUGUCAAUACGAAUCCAGUUUCACUGUAA